CAUUAAAUUAGGGUGAUUAAACAGAAUCUGUGCCCCCCCAUAUCAGAUGUCCCCCUAUAAUAGAUGUCCCUAUCAGAAUCCCCCUCAGAGUUCCUCUUCAGGUCCUCCUCAGAGUGCCCCUCACAUUAGGUGCCCCCUUACAUCAGGGUCUCCAUCAGAGUGCCCCCUUACAUCAGGGUCCCCAUCAGAGUCCUUUCUUACAUCACAAGUCCCCAUCAGAGUGUCCCCUUACAUCAGAGUGCUCGUCAGAGUGCCCCCUUGCAUCAGGGUCCCCAUCGGAGUGCCCCUUUGCAUCAGGAUCCCAAUCAGAGUGCCCCCUUACAUUAGGGUCUCCAUCAGAGUGGGCCCUUACAUUACAGUUCCCAUCAGAGUUCCCCCUUACAUCAGGGUUCCCAUCAGAGUGCCCCCUUACAUCAGGUGUCCCCAUCAGAGUGUUCUCUUACACCAGAGUCCUCAUCAGAGUGCCCCCUUUUAUCAGGGUUCCCAUUGGAGUGCCCCUUUGCAUCAGGGUCCCAAUCAGAGUGCCCCCUUACAUUAGGG